UUUCAAUUUUAAUUUUGACAAUGACAAAAAAAUAAGUUGGCAGCCAAAAUCGCAGUUCGCAGUUAUGAAAUACUGAAUUAUUAGUAUUUAUAUUUCAAUGAACAAUAAAAACAACAACUGCGCGUGAAACAAAUUACGAUGGCCACUAAAACUAUUGCGAGUGCUACUGUGAGGGCAGUUAAGAAAAGAUUACUGCCUUCUCGAGCUGCUCUAGUCUUGACUCCUUCCGCAGUGAACAAAAUCAAAGAGAUUAUGUCGAAAGAUGAUGCAAAAGGCUUUAUAGGUUUAAAAGUUGGUGUUCGUCAGAGAGGCUGUAAUGGAUUAUCAUACACAUUGGACUAUGCGAAGGGUAAAGAUAAACUAGACGAAGAAGUCAAACAGGAUGGAGUUACCAUAAUUAUCGACCGAAAAGCACAAUUAACAUUGUUAGGCACUGAAAUGGAUUUUGUUGAGAGUAAACUUUCAGCGGAGUUUGUGUUCAAUAAUCCAAACAUAAAGGGCACAUGUGGCUGUGGAGAAUCUUUUAGUAUAUAAAAUUAUGUAGUAUUUGCUGACUAGUCUAUAUUUUAAUUGCAUAGAGGUUACUAUCAACCAAUUAUUGUCCUUCAUAUUAUUCAAACACCUAAACAAUUUUAACAUAAUUAUUGCUGAAUACAAUACUAUUUUAUUGCACUUGUGCAAAUACAUGAAUUUGGUAAUAUUUGCUUAAACAAUAAUGUAUUGGAAAACACAGUUGGAUUCUUCUAUCUUACUUUUAGAUAUAGUUAAAUUGAAAAUGUAUAUUUUCUGUACCUGUUGAUAUUAGUGUAAAAUGAAAAAUAAAUUUGAAAAAUAAAAAAAUAGCAAAUGAUGUGUGUAUAGUUUUGUAAAUCAUGUAAGGUUAUUGUGUACUUAGUAGUAUCAUACAUGGCUAUGAUUAUUUAUAUUAUUUUGAAGCAAUUAUAAAAGAUUUUAUCUCUC